AAGUUUAAUAGAUUUGGAUCUACUUGAAAAAUAUCUUAUAAAUUUUACUUUAUUUACUUUUAUAUGGCAUUUAACUAGUGUUAUUGAUAUUAAAACGGCGUAGCAUCGAAUUAGAUGUUGUUUAAGAAUUUUAUUAUUUAUCAUCAGAUAAGAAGUCAAAUUUCAGAUUCGUAACACAAGGCAACAUGUCGUAUCUUCAAGAUGAUGAGGAGAAUCCAGCUUUUUCAUUCGAAACCGAUCAUUUAGCACUGAAAGGAAAUACUGAUUAUCUAAACCUUAUUCAAACCCUUGUUCGCCUGGAAUCUAUUAAAGUUCAAUCUUUACUUGACAUCGAGACCUUGUAUGACAGGAAAAAGAAGGCGUUAGAAAACCCUCUGGAGUUCUCCCAGAGAUUGGUCGCUGGUCAGACAGACCUUCCAGCCAUGCUUGAAAUACCUACAGUUCCUAAAAUAGACUGGAGUAAAUAUAAUUUAACAGAACAAGUUUCUAAAAGACAAUUGAAACCAACCUCCAAACAAUUUUCGCUCAGCGAGGAUGGGUUCAACGAGGCUAGUGGAGAUAUUCUAGUUCGAGGACGGAUUUACAAAAAUAAUAAACCAAGGACGUUUAAUCAACCCUGGAAGAUUGAAGAGCAGAGAAGAUUGGAAGAAUUGCUGGUCGUCCAUCCGACAGAGGAGAUUGAGAUGGAAAGAUGGAAAAAGAUUGCAACGGAGCUCGGCAACCGGACUCCAGUCCAGGUUCAGAGCAGGGUUCAGAAAUAUUUUCUCAAACUGCAGCGCGCCGGUCUACCUAUCCCUGGACGUCCUCCUCCCACGCGGAGUAGGAACCGAUAUUUGAAACCAGCGCUUAAAAAGAAAUUUUCAAAGCAACCUCUUCUGGAGUCUACCAAGAGAUCGACGUUCCUAACAAGUGUCGUUCCAACGAUACGGAUGGAUGAAAGCGAGGAUACGGAGGAACUGUCCGAGGUUCCAGCUUCUCCAGAUAUAGUUGAGGACGAGAAGGACGAGGACGAGGAGUGGUCGGAUGAGGCCAAAAAUAGUGACGAGUAUAAAUUACUUCAAUUUUUGAAGAAGAUCAAGACAGAAAGUGAAAAUGAAUUAGAGAACGGAUCAGUAGACCAUCCAGGAUUCGUCUGCAAUCACUGCUCUGCCGAUCCUAUCCUUGGAACUAGAUGGAGCUGCAAAACCUGCUCAAAUGUUGAUCUUUGUAAUGAUUGUGUAAUUGAUUCAGGUCAUGAUAUAAAUCAUGAUUUUUUUCUGAACCGGUGAUACAGACCCCUCCCUUGAUUUGUCCUCCUUUAUUACCCAAUUUCAAAUACCCUUCUCUGAAAGAGAAUGCUGAAGUAAAUUUUAGUUUGCCUCCUAUCUAAUGAGUCUUUUGCUCGGUUCACAACGGAUGGAACUUUUUAAAAACAUGAUCUUGUUACAAAUCAG